AUGUUAAGCCCAACUGUCACAGAGAAUGAGCAGCAAAGGAAAAUAGGUGAAAAGUUGAUAACGAUUAUUCGAACUAUUUUAAUCACUGAGAGAGAAGUUGAGGAAUUGAAAAUAACAUUAGCAGAAAACAUAAGAUUUGACAUCAGUGAUGCAUUUAGAGCAAUCGAUUCAAACAUGAAAGGAUAUAUAACUUCUUAGGACAUCUUUCGAUUUAUGUGUAAGAAUGGAUGCAGUGUCCACUAAAAGUUUUGUGACUUCUGGAUCUUCACAUGGAGUAAAGGAGAUGACAAAUUAAGAUACCAAUUAUUUCUCGAAUUUAUUGUUCCUAGAUAUGAUAGAGAUGCAGCUAUGCAAUGUAUAGUCAGAAAGUUGUAUUCAGAAACAGGGAAAUACAAACUGUCAUUUUAUUUAGAAGAGUUUGUGGCUAAGUUGAUAUUUAAGGAGAUCGAUUAUUUAAGAACAAUUGAAAUAGAGAAGAUGAAUUUAGCCCAAUUAGUUGAAUGGAAGUUCACAACAGUAUUUAAGUAUGUUGCAGGUAAUUUGCCUGUUAUCGAUAAACGAUGUUUGGAUUAAUUGUUAAAUAAAUACGAAAUAUAAUCAUUGACAUAAUAGGAAUACAACAUGUUUCUAAAGAGAUUCAAUAGGAAUGAGGACUAGAUCUUGUAAAAGGAUGAAUUCAGCGAUGCUAUCUUCCCAAGCAAAGAAUUAAUUAAGGAGAUGUAACCACCAAGAGAUGGAUUUCAAGAAUAUGUUCUCAAUCAUGACUAACAAUUGGAUUAGUUGUUGGGUAAGGAUUAAGUCAACGAUGGAAAUGAUUUCGUUUUCAAACCAGAAGAACAUAAAAUUAAGUUAAAUUCUACUUAAAAAGGACACAAUAUUUAAUAAGAGUUUAUUCCUUAAAACUAAUACCCAAAUUAAUCUACCUUUAAAUAAAGAGAUUAAUGGACCUCCUACCAAUAAAUAGCCGACUUAAAAUAAGACUUUACUUUUGAGUUUUUAACCACCCUAAACUUAAUCCUAGUUUUAAUAACAUCCUGAUCAAAGCAUUUAAGCGUUAACUCCAAUCCAAAUGAAAUCUAAAAAUUACAAAAGUCCAAAUGAACAAACUUCUCAAUAUCAACAAUAAGAUUUACUCUAAUAAUUUGAAAGAAAAUAGAAUGCAUCUUAAAUGGCAUUUAGUCAAGAUAAUUUAUCUAACUAUUAUAAUCAAAACUUCAAUUUGGAGUAGUCCCAAUAAGUUCAAUAUAACCAAUAUGUUAAUUAACCAACAAAUGCUUAGUAUAUUUUAUCAAGAUAAUGAUGGUCUUUUAUUCAACUUUUAUU